CCUUAGGAUCUCUAAUGUGGGAGGAAGACUAGUCAAGAGCCUAUCACCAGGAUUUUGUUUACGCACCAAUAUGUCGCGUUCGAUCCACUGUUGAGUGCGGCCGUGCAGGCUCGGCAGAGGUGAUAGGCCUCGGCCUUCAUGCUCAGGCGAGCAGAGAGCAUGUUAUUGCUAUUGGCGGUAAGCAAUAUAAGAAAACUUGUGCGCUUCGAAGAUCCGUUUUAGACCCUGCCGUCCUUGAUUCGACUUGUGCAAAGCAUUUUCUCACACCGUCUCCGAAGGCCAAAACACCAAAUUCGCCAUGACAGUAAUCACAGAAUACACCCUCAAGGAGGUUUCAGAGCACAACACCGAAAAAGACCUCUGGAUCAUAGUCGAUGGCAACAUAUACGACGUUACAAAAUACACCCUAGAUCAUCCCGGUGGUGUAGAAUCAUUGGUUGAAGUGGCUGGACAAGAUGCUACCCAAGCAUUCGAAGACGUCGGGCAUUCGGAUGAGGCCAGAGAGAUCAUGGCUCCUUUCUUGAUCGGCACGGUCCAAGGAUUCAGCGCCAAAACUUCACGCAAGCAGACUGUUCAAAUCGUUCGCAAGGAGCCGGUCUCAAGCCAGAGCAACCUACUCAGCACAAAGACUCUCAGCACAAUUGGCGCCGCAAGCUUGGUUGCUGGUACGGUCACAACAGUAGCAUACAAGCUGCACGGCAAAGUUCACAUUCCUGGCGCCCAGCAAUACCUUCACAAGAUAAACUUCUUGCAAUCCGAAAAUGGUUUCCUCAAAGGCUUCUUGCUUGCAAGCGUGCUGUCAGCAGCAUUCGGAGCAGGCUUCGCAUCGUACAUUUCAAAGAUCACGACUAUUCCUGGCGGAUUCGGGCGAAGUGCAAUGUACAAGAAGGUCCCCAAGCUGCCCACCAGGCAUUUCGUCGGCUUCCUGAAAAGCACAGAGUUCCAGCCAUUGCCAUUGGUGUCAAAGCAGAUUCUACCUGGUCAGGGUCUGGUCCGCCUGACAUUCGAGCUUCCCACUCCGACGACUAGACUUGGAUUGCCCAUCGGUCAGCACGUUGCGAUCCAGGCUAAAAUUGGAGAGCAGACAAUCACACGCUCAUAUACACCAACCUCGAAUGACACUGAUCUCGGCAAGCUGGUCCUUCUCAUCCGUCUCUACGACGACGGCAUGUUGACCGGACAAUACCUUGCAAAGCUCAAGGUCGGCGAUCAAGUCCUCUUCCGUGGUCCCAAGGGUGCUAUGAAGUACCAAAAGGGUUAUGCUAAGAAGAUCGGCAUGGUUGCUGGAGGUACUGGUAUCACUCCUCACUACCAGCUAAUCAGAUCAAUCUGCGAAGACCCAAGGGACACCACAGAGGUUUCUUUGGUGUACGCCAAUCGCACUGAGGAUGACAUCCUACUCAGAUCGGAGCUGGAUCUUUGGGCAAAAUCUUACCCGAAGAACCUCAAGGUGCAUUAUAUGCUCGACAACCCACCCGAGGGUUGGCAAUAUGGAAGUGGUUUCAUCACCAAGGACGUGUUGGAGCAACACAUGCCUGCACCUUCGAACGAUGGCUCGACCAAAAUUAUUCUCUGUGGACCUCCUGGCAUGAUCAAUGCCACAAAGAAGAACCUAGUCGAGCUGGGAUGGAAGAAGCCUGGUGCUGUCGGCAAGAUGACCGAUGAUAUCUUCACGUUCUAAUGUACUAUGCUCCGAUGAUCUCAAUAUACCAUUCGUGUUCACUUCACUGUCUUUUCCCGUACAUUGAGCUUCCAAUUUGUGAU